AUGUCUGCCUCAAGCGCAAGGGAUGCCUACCAUAAUCCUAGUCUGGAAGACGACGACUUGAUUGAUCCUGACGACGCUGACCUGAACGACUUUGACGAUCCCCUCGGUCAGCAACCAUCCCGCCAGCCACUGGCGGGCAACAUUGGGUCCGGCUCUUCGUCGCGUCCCUUGAACGAGGGCUACUUAACCUCCCGCAUCCCCGGCGAAGACCGCAGCGCGUCGCAGAACACCAUUGACGAAACGGUAUGGGAGACUCUUCGUCGCGACCUGCUGGCCGUCUGGGCCAAGCUGCGCGAGGUGCUCUACCCCAAAUACCUCCUCGGCGGCACCAUGUUCGACUCGGACGGCGGCCUGCGCGGCGCAUACUCCAACAUACGAGGCGCGGGUAUCACCGGCACGCGCGAGGAACUCACUGGUCUGGCGAGCCGGGUAAUGGACCCAGAGGCCCUCCUGCAGAGCAACAUGACGCCCGGCCUGCGCGACUGGGAUCUUUGGGGUCCGCUCAUCUUCUGCUUGCUGCUGAGCCUGCUGCUGAGCAUGCCGCACCAUGAGCAGAGGGAUGAGGUAUUCAGUGGCGUGUUUGCCAUGAUUUGGCUGGGAGAGGCCAUUGUCACCUUGCAGAUCAAGCUCUUGGGCGGAAACAUCUCCUUUGCGCAGAGCGUCUGCAUCAUCGGCUAUACGCUGUUCCCCCUCGUCCUCGCCGCGCUCAUGUCGGCUUUGGGGCUGCAUUGGAUCGCAAGGAUACCUGUCUACAUUGUGCUCAUCGGCUGGUCUCUGGCCGCCGGUGUGAGCAUUCUGGGCGGCAGCGGCGUCGUCAAGAACCGCGUCGGCAUCGCCAUCUACCCUCUCUUUGUUUUCUACCUAGGUCUUGGCUGCCUCUGCUUCAUCAGCUAA